AAAAGUAUGCUUUUUUAAUGGUGCUAGUUGCAUUUAGCCCUAAGGGCUUUUUGAAGUUGAAGUAGUUUUGAAGUAGUUGAAGAACCCAUGGCUUGGAGUUAAAAACUUUCAGUGUGCAAUCCGUAUUAUUGUUUCUAUCACUGCUGCAAAAUGGGAGGUACAUAAAAUAAACAGGUUCUUCUGCUGUUAGCCAAAAAAAUCUUGGCAAACUUUCCCUUCACUGCUUGGCCUGUUUAUUUAUCCCAGUCAAUGUGAGAUCUCAAGGGGAAGAAGAGAGGAUGAAAGAAGGAGGAGGAGGGUGAUGCAACAGAUUGUUAUGUAGAGGUGUGUGACAAAAGAAAUAACGUUGCAUCUCCUUUGAGACUGUCAAACUGCCCUGGAUCUGGGAUGGUGGUAAAUCAGAGUAUGACUGAAUCGGCCACCAUCGUUCGCAGGAACUCCUCGGGCACCAAAACCAAGGAAUGGUGUGCAUGGCCCCCGGCAUCCUUUGAAGAGAUGGACAGCACUCUUACUGUGCAGCAGCUGAUUCAACAGACCAUUCGGUCUGAUCCAUCAAACAUUGACCAUAUUCUCACUCCUCCUGAGAACCAGGAUGAAGGAGUCUGGAAGUAUGAACAUCUUAGGCAAUUCUGCCUGGAGUUGAAUGGUCUGGCAGUCCAACUGCAAUCAGAAUGCUUCCCAGAACAGUGUAGUCAAAUGACAGCUACAGAACAGUGGAUUUUCCUAUGUGCAGCCCAUAAGACACCUAAAGAAUGCCCUGCAAUUGACUACACUCGCCACACGCUGGAUGGUGCUGCUUGUCUCCUCAACUCCAAUAAAUACUUCCCCAGCAGCUGGGACUGCAGUCUAGACAACCUGUCUGACAACCUGUUCCCACCACCAGUACCUCCCAUGAACACGGGUAGAAGCAAUUCGGUCUCGGAGAAUCUACGACCUGAAAUACCGGUCAUCCCUGGGCAUUGGGAUGCGAGGGUGGCCUGA